GACAGAGCGAGUUUCUCCAUAAAUCAAAGUCCAUCACGAAAUCUACCAUUUCAGCCCACCCACUGUUUGUUUGCUAUUGGGAAAUUAUGAAUGGGAUGCUUCGGAAUCGUCUCCACAUUAGAGUGUUUUUCAACGUCAGCAGUUUUAAAAGUGACUUCUCGUGAUAAUAACUCUUCAAAUCUGACGAAGCGUGAGAAUAAAGCUGUCUGAGGAUCAUCAUCAUCAUCAUCAUCUCCCCAUCAGUGGAGGAUAAUCAGCCUCCUGUCAUGAAAUCUGUGCUGCUGGUCUGCGUGUUUCUGCUGCCUCUGCAAACACUCGCGCUGCCGCUGCGCCACAGAUUGAGCUCUCCAAGGAAUCUUCCAGAAACAGGAGGUGGUGUUGCUGAGGAAACCAUCACCAUUCCCUCAAUAGCUCCAAGCAGCGGAGCAAGAGAGCGGCGACUGGUGUGGAGGGCUCUUCUGCAGAAAGGAGCCCUGUUGAGACAAACCAACACACCGGUCAGUCAAAACAGUGGAGCUCAGGGACAUUUCCGGGAGCGUCGGCAUGUCUUCAGAGGGUCCCGUGGGCACCCGCAGCUCAUGCGUGUCGGAUGUGUCCUCGGAACUUGCCAGGUACAAAACCUGAGCCAUCGUCUCUACCAGCUGAACAGCCAAAGCAGACGCCAGGAAUCGCCAAUCAACCCCAGAAGCCCACACAGUUAUGGAUAAGACCACAUGAUAAAGCACUUCCCAAAAAAAUGUGAGACCAACUGGCAUAAUCCAUUUACAGAUGUUUAUUUGUCAGAAUUUGAGACUAUAUAAAAACAUCCAUUAAGGAUGAAGACAUUAGUAUGUAAAUGUUGGCGAUUAUUCAGAAAACGUCUAUUAGAUGUUCAUAAACUUCAUGCAGAGUUAUGAGGAAUAUGAUAGAUGGAUAUUAUUCCUAAACACCAGAAGGACUGAAGUGCAAAAAAAGGGGAAAGUUUGUCAAAGACUGUGCUGUUCCUGACUGUGUUUAGCAUCUACUGCCCUGCUGAAGGAGCUCAAGAAAAAGAAGUUUAGUAUUGAUCAUUUCAGACUGAUCUGAAUAGUUUGAGUAGAGCACUUCAGCUUGGAUUGCUUAGUGUAUCUCAUGAAUGCUUUAGAGUGCUGUUUUUGGCAAAAGAAGCCAACAGAAUUACUUAGUGGACCUCAGGGAAGAGAAAAUAAUAGAUGAAUGACCAAUUUAAAGGGAUAGUUCACCCAAAAAUGAUGUUGUUUUAUAUUUCUACAGAAGUCAAUUGGUGCCAGCAACCAACAGUCUUCAAAAUAUCUUCUUUUGUUUUCAAGAGAAACUCAAACAGGUUUUGAACAAGUGUGAACAGAUGAAUUAGAAAUUUUGGGUAAACUAUCCGUUUAUCAGAGGACUAAAGGUCUCAAUGUUUGCAGCCACCUUUUAAAACUUCUUAAUGCACUUUUAGAAUGAAGUACUUGAAGCUUCAUUAUCUUUAUGGAAAUCCCUCACAGUUUGAGAAGAUUGCAGUCUCCGUCUCUGAGCGGAGACAAAUCGCCCUUGACUGAGCCAAUGAAAGCCUCACGUGAAAACACUAAGAGUAAACAUCCCAGAUUCAGACAUUCAAUAUGCUUAAAUAUUUAUGCAUUUCAGUGCAUUUGGUAAACAUUAAACCAAGUGGCAUUUAUUUAAAAGACAGAACAGAAUGUGUGUGUUAUUAUGUUUUCAUUGUCAAACAAUAUUAUGUUUAUGGUCAAAGGA